GGUUCUGGGUAGGAAGCCUCCCGCCCUCGCCCGGGGCCGCCGACCAGCCCAGCGCCAGUCCGGGCGUCCGUCGGUGCUGCCCGCGGCCUGUGCGACCGUCCCCGCAGCGAUCGUGACCUGCGGCCGGUCGGCCCGGCCCGGGCGGAGAUCAAUGCGGCUUUGUCUGGGACGCCCACACCCCAGAGGCCACUCCCGGGUCGGCAAAUCGCAGCGCAGCAGCUCGGGGCGCGCAGGGUGAGAUAAGCGGCCAUGUGACCCUACCUGGGCGGGGGAGGGGCGCAGGUGAGGCGGCGGCGGCGGCGCAGCAGGACGCACGCGGCGACCGCGGCUACAGCGAUGUCCGGCGGCAGGAAGGACUGGUCGGCGCUGUCCAGCCUGGCCCGGCAGCGGACUCUGGAGGAUGAGGAGGAACAGGAGCGGGAGCGCAGGCGACGACACCGCCACCUGAGCUCUACCACGGACGAUGAGGCUCCCAGGCUCACCCAGAAUGGAGACCGGCGGGCUGCUGAGAGGCUGCCCAGUGUGGAGGAAGCAGAGGUACCCAAGCCACACCCCCCAGCCCCCAAAGAUGAGGAGGAAGACAUCCAGGCUAUCCUCAGGACACGGCAGGAGCGGAGGCAGAGGCGGAAGGCCAUUGAAGCUGCCCCCAUGCAGGAAAGGCUGGAGGCAGAGGACGGAGGGGGCGGCUCCAGUCCCGAACAGGCCCCGCAGCAGCUCCCAGCACCCAAGAAGGAACCGGAGGCCCUGCCUCGCCGGAGACUGAGCCGAGAGCAGCGGGGCCCCUGGGCCCAGGAGGAGGAGCGCUUGGUGAACAAGGAGCCAAGAGUGGGGAGGAAGGGGCUUCCAGAAGAGGCCCCGGCUGUAGAGAAGACCUUGGUCUUGGAGAAGUCCUCUGCACCAGAGAAGACACCCACAAAGAGACUGGCCUCAGAGAAAGCCUGCUUUUCUGAGAAGGAGCUGACCCUGGAAAGGACAGCUGUGUCCCAGAAGACAGCAGUGCUGGAGAAGAAAGGCGGCCCAGAGAAGUCUGCUCCAGGAAACUCCAGUGUCUUUGAGAAAUCACCAGCCCCUGAGAAAGCAUCUGUGUCUGAGAAGACAGCAGUGUCAGAGGAAAGGUCCACACUGGACAAGAAAAUAGCUCUAGGGAAAGGCAGUGUUGCUGAGAAGCUGCCAGAGAAAGCAUCUUCUCGGGUGUCUGAGAAAGCAUCCUUCUUUGAGAAGUCCUUGGCCACAGAGACAAAGCAGUCCCCCAAGAAGGUGGCAGCAUCUGAGCAGCCCCAGGGCUCUGGGGGAGGCCAGGCCAGCACCCCGGAGUCAGGAGAAAGGCCUUUCUCUAGGAAAAGCCCGACUUCCUCAGCAGUGGAGCACAGGGUGCCAGGCUCUCCAGCUGUGGCUUCACGCUUCCCACCCAUCACACUCCAGGUGAAAAUCCCCAGCAAGGAGGAGGAGGAGGCAGACACAUCUUCACCUACCCAGGUCACCUAUAGCACCUCUCUCAAACGCUCCAGCCCAAGGACCAUUUCCUUUCGGAUGAGCCCCAGGAAAGACAACUCAGAGACCACCUUAACCCGCAGUGCCAGUGUGAGGCUGCCGGCCAGCACAGUCAAGCUGGGAGAGAAGUUGGAGAGAUAUCACACGGCUAUCCAGAGAUCAGAAUCCGUCAGGUCCCAGGGCUCCUCCCGUACUGAGCUCUUCGUGGCUCCCACGGGGGUAGCCAGCAAGCGCCACCUCUUUGAGAAGGAACUGGCUGGCCAGAGUCGAGCAGAACCAGCGUCCAGCCGGAAGGACAACCUGAAGCUGUCUGGGGUGGUGACAUCAAGGCUCAAUCUGUGGAUUAGCAGGACCCAGGAGUCAGGAGACCAGGACUCCCAGGAGGCCCAGAAAGAGUUGGCAGCUUCCAGGAGGACCCAGUGGGCCAAGAAGUCAGACUCCUCCCUGGAUGCUGAGGUGUGACAUGCCCGCCUGUCUGCCUACCUGCCGAGACAGUCCUACCAAUCUCAAGGGCCUCCUUCUAGCUGGGCCCUGCCUCCCGAAGCAGCACCACUGCCCCCCACUUCUUUCUGCUUCUGGACCUGUCUGGCCAGGGUCCUUGGGGGCCAGGAAUGUCAGUGACAGGCAGCCAGCUCCUUCCCAUUGCAGCCUCUGGGAUGGCUGCACUUGGUACCUCAUUGGCCUGCUGCAAGCUCUGUAGGUCCAGGACCCAGCAGCAGCCUGUCAGCGCCAUGGGGCCUCUGUGUCCUCCUUAGAGGCCUCCCUCCUGCCCACUUCCAGCAUCUGCACAGGGCCACCUCUGUGCAACUCCAGGGUCACCAUUACAUCUGCUCCCUGCUGAUGCCUCCAUGCCUGUGAAGUCUCCCACACUGAGGCCUGGACCUACACACCUUAGUCCCUCUGGGCUGCUCCUGCCUGCUGGGCCCUCAGGCCAGGCAGGGAAGGAGUCCCUGCACUCACCGUCCAUGUGCCCCAUCAUGCUGCUCUGUUCUUGGCACUCCACCCCCUCCCUGGCCUUCUGCCCUGGCUGAGAGCUCCGAGCCUUUAUGUGCUUGUCCUACCCUCUCAGAAAAACCUGUGCUCAGGAAAGAUCUGAUAAACUCAUUCACUCUCAGG